UAUUAAAGAUGCAUUAAGGGCCCCGCCAAGGCUUGCUCUACCGGUAACCAAAGGUUGUCAAAGAAUGCUUCGUCAGGCCUUCGGCAUCGCGGCAUACUUGGCCUCAAUAGCCUCGGUUGCAUCCACAGCGGCCUGGAUUAACAACUGGGGGAACGCUUUUCCUGCCCUGGCAUCCAUUUUCCCGCGAAGCAUUGAUGGCGAACCAGCAAUCGACCUUGCCACCAGCGGGACAGCUGCAAAAGCAUUCUUUAACGUAGGGCUUAUGGGCCUGCUUGCGCUUCAGCAUAACAUAAUGGCAAGACAAACGACGAAAAAGGCGAUGCGCAAAGCAGGCGUGCCCUUCCCUUGGGAACGCUCCGUAUUCGCUGCGUCCGCUUCCGCUGCUCUGGGCGCAAUCCUGUACCUCUGGCAACCGAUGCCCUGGACUGUGUGGCAAGUUCGCCCGCCCUACGAUAAGGCCGUGUGGGCUCUCAGCGCCCUGGGAAUCCUGGUCUUCUUCGGAAGCACGGGCGCCUGGGACCACACGGAGCUCUUCGGUCUCAAGCA